AUGAAAGUGUCCUGGUCAGAAGGCGUUGGACAUCACCAGCAUUACCAUAAGCAAGAACGUACCAUAUUGUCUCAUGAGUGGGAUUUUGUUAAGCCUCAACCUCAUUCCGAUCUUAAUCGUUCAAAUGCCACACACAAUACGCCUAAAAAGACUUCCGUAUUGAAUGCCGGACUCCAUAAAUGGGACUUUGAAUUAUUGAUUCCUGGUGACCUACCACAGACUUUGGAUUCCGACAUUGGUAGCGUUAGUUAUCGACUCAAGGCCACCAUUGAACGAUCAACAUUUAUCCAGAACAGCGUCAAAAAGAAGAGUAUUCGAAUUAUCCGUUGUAUUUUACCUUCUGAAUUCGAACUUGUGCAAUCCCUAGAGAUUCACAAUACUUGGGCUCAAAAAAUGGUCUAUGAUAUCAGCGUUCCAUCAAAACUAUUUUCGUUUGGCGACACGAUACCCAUCUCCUUUAAAAUCCUGCCAAUCGCUUCCCAUUUGAGAAUACAUGCCAUCAUGGCAUCCAUAAAGGAAUAUUGUACAUAUACCGCCAACGAGCACACAAAAACAGACACCCGUAUCGUACGUUUGAUCAGACUGGAUAAUCCUUUCGCCGAAGCUAUAUCCACGGCUUCUUCUCCCCCAACCUGGAAUCGAGUGCUAGAUUUACCGGUGCCUUCAAAGUCACCCAUUAUAUUUGCAGAUGCUGACAGUGAAAUGAUUCGUAUUCGACAUCGGCUAAAGUUUGUUAUCUCACUUGUAAAUGCCGACGGUCAUAUAUCUGAACUCAGGUGUGCUGUCCAAGUUAAUAUUAUUGAGUCAUUUGCCAUAACUGAAGAACUGACAGCUUUACCCGCUUAUGACGAAAUGUGGAGAUCCGUGCCCUACCAUCCUCAAGUAGUAGAGACAUUAAGAACCCGUUCCUCUAUAUCAGGAGUGGCCGCUGGUGAACCUGUUUUAGGUACUUCCCCACCCCCAGCGCGUGAAUUACGUGAUUCAAGACAACCUGUUACCAUCAGUGGCUGGUCACGAUUUUUAUCCAUAUCGUCCUCUGCUACACCCAUUACAAAUGGUCUUAACGAACAAGAUGGAAUAACUUCAUCCGAAAGAACAGUCAUAUCACAGCCAAUGACCAUACCUGACUCAAAUAGUAGUAGUAGACACCAUUCUAGACGUCCUUCUAUGGAAGAUGAUACAGGUGUCUCCACAACCAAUAGUUCUCUGUCUGAACAUCCCAGUCUCUGGAAUGGGAUUGAUUUGCUGAAAGUGCCAUCAUACCGCAGUGUUUCCAAUAUAGAUCCAAACAUGUUAUCGGCUUCUUUACCGCCAGCAUAUGAUACUCUCAUAAAUUCACCAAGAUGGUGA